AUGGCUAUCCUGUUUGCUGUCGUGGCAAGGGGCACCACCAUCCUGGCCAAACAUGCCUGGUGUGGAGGAAACUUCCUGGAGGUGACAGAGCAGAUCCUGGCGAAAAUCCCAUCCGAGAACAACAAACUGACCUAUUCCCAUGGAAAUUACCUGUUCCAUUACAUCUGCCAGGACAGGAUCAUAUACCUCUGCAUCACAGAUGAUGACUUUGAACGAUCCAGAGCCUUCACCUUCCUGAAUGAGAUCAAGAAGAGGUUUCAGACCACAUAUGGCUCGAGGGCCCAGACAGCCCUUCCCUAUGCCAUGAACAGUGAGUUCUCCAGUGUCUUAGCUGCACAGCUGAAGUACCACUCUGAGAGCAAAGGCCCUGACCAAGUGGCAGAGACACAGGCCCAGAUUGAUGAGCUCAAAGGAAUCAUGGUCCGGAACAUAGAUCUUGUGGCACAAAGAGGAGAGAAGCUGGAGCUGCUAAUUGAUAAAACAGAGAAUCUUGUGGAUUCGUCAGUCACUUUCAAAACAACCAGCAGGAACCUUGCUCGAGCCAUGUGUAUGAAGAACCUCAAGCUCACCAUUGUCAUCAUCAUCGUGUCCCUUGUCAUCAUCUACAUCAUCCUGUCAGCAGCCUGUGGGGGGCUGGCAUGGCCCAACUGUGUGCAGAAGUAAGUGGAGGCAGCUGUGCUGGUUGCUCGGAGAUGAGUCACAGGAGUGUGAAGAAGCAAAGCUACAGAGUAACUUACCCGUCACUACUGACACCUUCUCAUCCCUCCGUCCCUCCAGGACUUCAGACUCUUUGCCUUAUCACCCUAAACAGGCCCAGCUGGUUGCUGCUCCUGCAGCUGGGACCUCCAGAGAGGGCUGGUUGAUUACUUG